CCCGAUACUCAUUCAUCCAUCCCGGCCAUUAAUUCAUAAUUUCACUCUCCAUCUCAGACCUUAAAUCUUUACCUUGUUCGUCAUGUCUUGUAUUCACCACUUUGCCAUUGCUUUCUUCCUCUUGUUUCUAGUCCAGCCCGGUUUGGGUGGUCGGAAACUCUCCGCUCUAGUGGAGGAGCAGCCACUGGUGCUCAAGUACCACAACGGCGCCCUUCUCAAGGGCAACAUCACCGUCAAUCUCAUAUGGUACGGCCACUUUACCCCAAUCCAGCGCUCCAUAAUCGUCGACUUCAUCCAGUCCCUCAGUUCCCGGCGUCGUGCCCCACUCCUUCCCUCAGCCUCUUCCUGGUGGAAAACCACCGAGAAAUACAAGACCGGGUCCUCCAAUCUGGUCGUGGGGAGACAAGUGCUCCGCGAGGCCUACACUCUCGGAAAGUCCCUGACGAGCUCACACCUGGUCGCUCUUGCCGGGGUCAACAAAAUCAACGCCCCCUUGAACGCCAUCAACGUGGUGCUCACCUCCAAGGACGUGGUAGUUGAUGGCUUCUGCAGGAGCCGCUGCGGGACCCACGGCUCGUCCCGCUCCGGCAAAGCCGCCUACGUCUGGGUUGGGAACUCCGAGUCGCAGUGUCCGGGCCAAUGCGCGUGGCCCUUCCACCAGCCCAUGUACGGCCCACAAACUCCUCCUUUGGUGGCGCCAAACGGCGACGUCGGGAUCGACGGGAUGAUAAUCAACCUCGCCACGCUCUUGGCGGGAACGGUCACCAACCCCUACAACAACGGCUACUUUCAAGGGCCGCCUACAGCGCCUCUCGAGGCCGUUUCGGCUUGCACCGGCAUCUUCGGAACGGGCUCUUACCCGGGCAAUCCGGGUCGGGUCCUCGUGGAUAAGGCCACCGGGGCGAGCUACAAUGCUCACGGGCUGAACGGGCGUAGGUUUCUGUUGCCAGCCAUGUGGGACCCUCGGACCUCUGCAUGCAAACCACUUGUGUGAGCUAGAAUAGGGGAGCGUGGCACACAUAUAACGCACGUGACCUUGUAGAUAUUAUUAUAUAUAUAUUUUGAGGAUAUGGGAAUGGGGCUAUGUACUAUGGGAGUGGAUAGGGUUUUCGGAUUUUGUACACUUUGCAAGUUUGUCGUCUUGCGUGACAUGUAAAUUGCUCUCAAAUGGGAAAAUAAAAUCAUUACUGAUAAACUAUUUUAAAAGCAA